AUGAGGAUUUUACCAUUUGCAUUAAAGACAUUAUAUACAUUAGAACUUUCACCUUCGAACCACGUCAAAGUGAAUGAAGAAGAGAAAUGGAGUUUAUUAAAACAAGGGAUCAAGUUUAUUGAUGUUACCAAUUACUUUUCCAAACCGGAAAUCCCUGUAGCUAUUUAUAAUUAUCCCAAUGAAACUUUUUAUGAUGAUGAAGUAUAUCGUAUUAGUGAGAAAAUCAACCAUACUGUAAUGUAUGAGAAAUUAGCUAAAUUGACUAGUUUUUAUACAAGAUAUUAUAAAUCCAAACAUGGGGUUGAAUCUGCUCAAUGGUUAUAUGAAGAAUUGGAAAAUAUUGUAAACGAUGUCGAGUUUAUUCAUUUGAAUAAAUUCGAACAUAAAGGUUGGAAACAAUUUUCGAUGAUUGUUCGUAUUGAAGGGAAGAAAAACCGUGAUAAUAUAGUUGUGAUUGGAUCUCAUCAUGAUAGUAUUAAUUUGAUCUUACCUAGUGUACUAGGUGCACCCGGUGCCGAUGACAACGGAUCUGGGACUGUUACGAAUUUGGAAGCGUUGAGAUUAUAUGUGGAGUAUAUUAAAGAAGAUGGAAUGAAGAAUCGUCCUGAUAAUACAAUUGAGUUCCAUUUCUAUUCUGCAGAGGAAGGUGGAUUAUUGGGGUCUAUGGAUGUUUUUAGUAGGUAUCGGGAGGAGAAUAAACGUGUGAUGUGUAUGCUACAACAAGAUAUGACAGGGUAUGUUUCUGAUGAGAAGAAUGAGCAUGUUGGAGUGAUCACUGAUUAUGUUUCUGUGGAGUUUACCGAGUUUUUGAAAUUAAUCAUUAAUAAAUAUUUGAGUAUCCCGUAUUUGGAAACGAAAUGUGGGUAUGCCUGUUCAGAUCAUGGUAGUGCUAUUCGGAAUGGGUAUCCAGCCGGGUUUGUCAUUGAGGGAGAAUUUAAGAAUACGAACCAUUACAUCCAUAGCACUAUGGAUACUAUUGAUCGGUUGAGUGUUGGACAUAUGGGGGAACAUAGUAAACUUGUUCUUGGGAGUGUAAUGGAAACUUGCGCAUUGGGAUGGGUUUUGAAAGGCGUAAAAAGACAAAAGACAAAAGACAAAAGACAAAAGACAAAAGACAAAAGACAAAAGACAAAAGACAAAGACAAAAGACAAAAGACAAAAGACAAAAAGAACAGUAUUUACAUGUAUAAACUAGUUUUAUUAUAUAUAUAUAUAUACGCGUUAACCACGCUUGCCUCUUGGUCUAUCUUUAAUUUUCAUUUUAUUUACAUUUUUACCACGACGAGUCUUGUAACCCUUUGCAAGAAUACCCCAGGGGGAGACGGAUAA